AUGGGCCUCCUCAACCGCCUCCGCGUCCCCGCCGCCGCCGGUACCUCGGACAUUCACGGCCGCGACGCCCUCCUCAACAACGACGACCUCCGCCCCCUCAAGCUCGCCGACCGCACCUGGACCCAAUGGACCUAUUUCACGUUCUGGUUCUCCGCCACCGCGACAGUGUCCAACUGGUACGCCUCCUCCACCGCCCAGGCCCUCGGCCUCUCCAUGUGGGAGUCCCUCGCCUGCGCUUUCGGCGGACAAUGCCUCAUCGCCGCCAUCAUCACCCUCAACGGCCGGCCGGGCAGCUGCUAUCACGUGGGAUACCCCGUCGUGUGCCGUGCUGCCUUUGGCAUCUACGGCGCGUGGUGGCCAACCUUUAACCGCGCCGUCAUGGCUAUCGUCUGGAACGGCGUUAAUGCCGUGCAGGGGGGACAGUGCAUCUACGUGAUGCUCCACGCCAUCAUCCCGGGUAUCGCAAACAUCCCAAACACCAUGGGCGAGGGCUCGGCGCUCACGACAGCGGGGAUGAUUGGCUUCGUCAUCUUCUGGCUCAUCACCUGCGCGUUCCUCGUCAUCCCUGUCCCAAAGAUGCGCGGGCUCGUCUACGCGAAGCUGUGCGUCUUCAUCAUAUCCGCCGUAGCUAUGCUUGCGUGGACGGCCACAAAGGCAGGUGGUCUCGGUCCUGUAGUACGCCAGGGCGGUACGGCGACGGGAUCAAAGAGGGCGUGGCUGAUCGUGCAAUUCCUGAUGCUAGGCGCGGCCAACUGCGCCACCUUUGCGAGUAACGCCGCGGAUUUCCAGCGGUAUGCAAAGAAGAAGAACGAUGUUAUUGUCGGUAACCUCUUCUGCUUCCCUGUUGCCAACUUCAUCGUGGCAGCGGUGGGAAACCUCGUCUGCGCCUCUAGCGAGUUGAUCUUUGGCGAGUUGAUCUGGAACCCCGUGACGCUGCUGGAUAGCCUCCAGACGGCCGAGUACACGGCAGCCAACCGAGCCGGGUGCUUUUUCAUCGCCGGCUGCUUCGCAUACUGCUGCAUCUUCAGCUCCAUCUUUGAGAACUCCUUGCCGGCUGGUAACGACAUUGCGGCGUUGUUCCCCAAGUACCUCACAGUUCGGAGGGGCUUCUUUGUCUGUGCCGUCAUUUCGUUCGCCAUCAACCCUUGGUUCUUGCUGGGCUCUGCCUCCGUCUUCGUAUCCUUCCUCUCCUCUUACCAAAUCUUCCUCUCAGCCAUUACGGGCGUCUUGCUGGUAAACUACUACAUCAUCGGCCGCGGUCGCAUCAGCAUACCAGAUUGCUUCACGUCAAUGAAGCCAGGGGCUUACCACUACUUCCACGGCUGGAACAUCCGUGCCUAUGUCGCCUAUAUUGUUGGCAUCAUCCCCAACUUUUACGGCUUCCUCAACAACAUGGGUGUUUCAGCCCCCGUUGGCGUCACGAGGUUCUACUUCUUUGCGUAUUGGGUCGGACUGUUCCUGUCCGGCUUCAUCUUUUGGGUUUCCUGCAAGAUUUGGCCACCUCCGAUCAUGGAAGAGGGAUGGGUCGAGCCGAAGGACUAUGUCAGGCCCGAAGAGCUGGAAGGCGAGGGGCAGGUCAUCGAGGCUAUCGACAUGCCCCAAAGCGGCGAGGUGGUGGACCAUGAGAAAGGUCUUGGUGAAAAGGUGGCCAAGGUGUAA